AUGUCCAGUCCUACGGAAUAUACCUCCCUCCUCGACCGCUCUGCAGUUUCGACUCAAUCGUCUCGAAAAUGGAAAGCUACAUGGAAAAAAUGGAGAACACCCAUUCUAUGCUACGCGGUGGCUUUAACAUUCGAUUUUGCAGAGUCAAUGCGCUCAACGCCAAGGACACAGCUUUUUGAAUGGAUUCUGUGUGAGCGGUAUUACUCGAUAAAAAUGUUGAAAUCGGUCGGCAUGCCCAUUCUCAACCCAAAUCCUAGCGUAGGGCCAACACCACACAUGUGCCGAAUAGAUACUAUUCAAACCCAAGUCAAUUCUGUGAGGGCAUGGCUGAAGAUUGGCGAGAAUUUCUUUGCCGCCAUUUUAGCUAUCCCAUUUGGCAAACUCGCCAACACCAAGGGACGUAAGCUGGUUCUUGCGCUUGGAAUAAUUGGACAAUUACUUGCAGAGAUGUGGACGUUAGCCGUUUGUUUUUUAAGCACCCACGGUCUCCCUCUGUCCACUGUUUAUAUAUCAGUACUGCUCCGAUCUCUUGGCGGGGGACAAAUGGUAUUAUCCGCCAUUCUGCAUGCCAUUGUGGCUGACGUGGUUACCGAGGAAAAGAGAGCUCGAGCCUUCUUCCACAUGGCCAGCAUGACGUUAAUAUCAGAGUUACUAGGACCAGCUGUCGGGUCUGUGCUAAUGACAUCUUACAAUGCCUAUAUUCCACUUCUAGCUGUUUUGCCGCUUCAAUUAGGUUCUAUUGCUGCAGUCAUUGCUAUGCAGGAUACUGUACGAUUUACCAACGAAGAUAACGCUGACUUUGGCAAUGAGGAUGAGGAGAGUGAUAAUGGUUCAACGAUGGUCCAAGAAAGUACACGAUUAACGAUAUCGCAAGCCUUGAGGAUAUUUUUGAAGUGGAUGAAAAUGGCCUGCAGGAUUUUCAACCGCGAAAAUAUUCCUAUUUUACUCGUACAUAUAGGAUUUUUGACAUCUAUGGUGGCAAGAGAGACUCUAGAUUCUCUAGUUCAAUAUGUUUCAAAUCGCUUUGGGUGGACAUUAGCCGAGGCAAACUAUCUAGUUUCUUUGAAAGCUCUUGUCAACCUCAUUCUCUUCCUCCUUUUACUACCACUUAUUAGCGGGUCUUUAAUAAAAUACACUUCCAUGAGCAGCAGAAAUGCCGACCUGUGGAUUGCUAGAGGUAGUUCUCUAUUUGGGGUAAUUGGACCAACCCUGCUGGGAAUUGCUUCCUCGCCAUUGUCUAUGAUUUUGUCACUUAUUUUAUUUACUCUUUCAUCUGGAUAUCCUCAUGUAAUUCAGUCAUACGGAACCUUCUUGGUCAAACCAGCGGAUGUGGCACCGUUUUACUCUUCCCUAGCCAUGGUAAGAAUUGUCGGGACACUAGUAGCAUCUCCAUUAUUAGCAAUGGCAUUUAAUAUUGGACUUGAGAGAAGAGGAGACUGGUUUGGAAUUUUAUACUAUACAGCUGGUAUUUUGUUCUGUUUUGCUGCUUUCGGGGCGUGGGGAUUGAAAUAG